ACCCAAAUAUUAAAUCCAAUUUAUUUGAUGGUACCACACUGUGCUCUAAAAUACUUUUUAAUUUCCAUGUUAAAGCAUCUAUUGGUCAAAAAUGUAUCAAUUUAGCAUCUCGUAAUCUAAUAACCCAAGAGCCUGUAACUGCCACUUUAUUUGAUAUAGAAAAAUGCACAACUCUCAGUUUGCGAAAUGCAAUACACUGUUUAGGGGAUGUAGAAAUCCUUUUCCCAAUCAUAAUGAAAUUUGAUAAUUUAGAUUCUGUGAGUCUUCAAGCGCCAUUCGGAUCUCAGGACGAUUUUUUUGCAUCGGAAGGGCCAUGUAAAGCAUUUUUUGCCCUUUUAUCUUCAUUAUUACAGAAUAAUUCAAAAAGCCAAAAUCACAUUGUUAAAUCACGAGAUUUGGCUCAAGAAGUUUAUUCAAACCUUGUCUUUGAAUUUCGUCUUUGGAUGUAUGCGACAAUUGAUAUUCAAAAAUAUUGUAUCGACUUUCUUAAAACUUUUAUCGAUGCACGAAAAUUAAUAGAUGAUUCAGAAACGCCUCCCUUGGUUUUGCCUCCAAUAAAAAAUUUUAAAAUUAUUGUGGCUAUUCUUGCAUUACUAGAUUCAGAAGCUACAAAGAAGACUGUACAAUGCAGAAUUCUUGAGGAUUUAGUUUUAAUGUUUAAGCAAAAUAUUACAUUUUGUACCGAACUACAUAAAAUAUGGCUUUGGCAAAAAUAUCUUAUUAGACUUGUUCCAAUAUAUAGCAGACGAGAUGAUAUUAUCUCUGGAAAAGGUGAUAAGGACAUUACAGAUUGGGCACUAGAAUUUAUCGCCAUCGUUAUAUGGAAUUUGUUUGAUGUUGAUAAAGAUGCUUAUCGAAUU